UUACUGUUUCCUUGACUUUCAUUCAGGUCACACGAAUUACAAUUAUAGUGAAACAAGGUUUUUAUGGGCGUCGACUAUUUAAAUUUGGCGCUUGCCUUUGGCAGUUGAGGACUCCAGUGUCAAUAAGGGUGGUUUUGCAAAAUCAGCCUCUAUGUCGCUUCUCUAUGUUCUCUGAUAUUUGUAAGGCCAAACCAAAACAAUGUUCUACGCACUCCCACCACCUGUACCCUUUCGUGUUGAAAGUUACUUCUCUGGCACAGACUGUUCUCUGGUUACUCGGUUACUCUAUCAACUGUGUCGUGGAUGUGUCAUGCUGAUCAUUUUAAGGUUAUGUGUUUUUAGUUUAUCUUAAAACUAGUUAAAGAUGGAACAGACAUUUACUGAAGAAGAACUUACUUUACCUACUUGCAAGUAUGAAUACUUGGACCACACCGCAGACGUUCAGCUACACGCAUGGGGUGAUAGUUUACAAGAAGCAUUUGAACAAUGUGGACUUGCCAUGUUUGGAUACAUGACUGAGCUUCCAACCGUAGAAAUACAACAACGUUCAGAAAUCAAGGCAACUGGGCAUGAUAUGGAGAGUUUACUCUUUCACUUUUUAGAUGAACUGUUAUUUCUAUUUAGUUGUGAACCCUUCUUAAUAUGCAACAAACUGGUAAUUACAGAAUUUAUUACUGACGGUGAAGAACUAUCAAUUACAUGUUCAUGUUAUGGGGAAGAGUUCACGUUAGGAAAACAUCCACAAGGAACGGAAGUUAAAGCUAUCACAUACUCUGCCAUGCAAAUAGUAAAUGAACCUAAAAAUAAGCAGUUUGAAGUAUAUGUUAUAAUAGAUAUUUAAAUUAAAAUAUUUUUAUAAUUAUGUAACAAAAAACAAGUAUACACAAGUUUUUAUUGUUAAUUCUAAAUAACUGUAAAUAAAUAAUUAUUUAUUUA